AUGACACAUAUUGCGGCGCAACAUACGGCAGACAGUUCGAUGGAGUUCAGGAUAGCAGAUGGGCGCAAGAGACACCGGUUGAUAGUGUUGGCGGUCCUGCUGUGGGCCACGGUGGUCCGGGGAGGGGUGAACGGAGAGCCGAAUUGUCCAUCGGCGUGCCAAUGCAAGUGGAAGGGCGGCAAGCAGGCGGUGGAGUGUUUGAACGUUAAUCUGUUCUCCAUUCCGGAGAACAUCGACCACUCGACGCAGGUACUGGACGUGUCCGGCAACAACCUGCAGAUCAUCUCGAACGAAACGUUCGUUCGCUCGAAUCUACUGAACCUGCAGAAGCUGUAUAUGCGCGACUGCCGAAUUGGCCAGAUCGACGACGGAGCGUUCGCCGGACUCACGAACUUGGUCGAGCUGGACCUUUCGAUCAAUCUGCUGACGGCGGUGCCGUCGGCCGCGUUUCAGCACAUCGUUUCGCUGCGGGAUCUAACGUUGGCCCGCAACCACAUCCAGAAGAUCGAGAGCCACGCGUUUCGCAACGUGACCGCUCUCACCAAGCUCGAUCUUUCGUUCUGCAGCAUCCAGACGAUCGCACCGCAAGCAUUCGAAGGUCUCGCGGCGCUGCACUCGCUCAAGCUGAAUGGCAACCAGCUGUCGGAGCUGCGGCCAAAGACGAUCGAGACACUCAGCCGUCUGCACGGCAUCGAGCUGCACGACAACCCGUGGGUGUGCGACUGCCGGUUGCGGGCGGCCAAGCUGUGGCUGUCGGAGAACAACAUCCCGUACCCGAUCGCACCGACGUGUGCCGGAGGUCCGGAGCGCGUGAUGGACAAAACGUUCGGCGAGCUGCAGGUGGACGACUUCGCCUGCAAACCGGAGAUGCUGCCGGUGCGGCGCUUCAUUCAGGCGUUCAGCGGCGAGAACGCCACCAUCGAGUGCCGUAGCUCGGCCGUGCCGUCGGCCACCGUGAACUGGUACUGGAACGGGAAGCUACUGGUGAACAACUCGCACUUUAGCGCCUACCAGCGCGUGCUGGUGUACGAGCAGGGCAACUUCGAGAAGCGCAGCAAGCUGAUCCUGACCAAUGCGCAGGAGAGCGACUCGAGCGAGUUCUAUUGCGUCGUCGAGAAUAGGGCGGGCGCGGCCGAGGCGAACUUCACGCUGCACGUGGCGAUGCGCGACAUCGGGUUCGCGAUCGAGAACCGCCAGAUCAUUGGGCUGAGCGCGGCACUCGUUAUACUGAUACUGUUCAUACUGCUGAUAAUACUGUUCCUGCUCGUACGAUUACGGCGGAUACCGAUGACGGAGACGAAAACCCCGAACCAGGUCGAGGUGAUCACGUCCGUAAGUCCCUCUAGCAAUGUAAAUGGCAAGGUGGCGACGCCUAUUAACGAUUGUCAUCAUUCUCCAGAUCGAAAAAACGCCGCCGGUGAUCUAAAGUGCUGCCAAUCGUCGGCCAACCCGGUGCAGAAGCCGCCUCGGCUCACCGAUCUGCCCUACUCGACGACGCACUACGACGGCGGCGGCAGUCUGAUUGCGUCCGGCCAGUGCUUCGUCUCACCGACGCACUCGCUGACCGGCGGUGGUGCCGUCAAUAACCCCGAUCUGAUCAACGACACGAAGCGGCUGGGCAGUGGUACCGAUUUGGCCACCGGCCCAGCCGUCAGCGAUACGCACCUAUCCGCGCAGCUCGCCCAGCUGCAGCUGGCCACAUCGGCCGCCGUCAAUGCGCAUCUCUCGUUGCUGGAUCCGCUCGAGCGGCCGGGAAGCGGCGAGUACAGCCGGGCCGGCGGAUGCGAUUCACUCUAUCCGUCCGGGCUGUGGGAAACGCACAGCUCCACCGCGGCCACCAUGCCCCAAACAGCGCCCGCUCCGGCCCCCGUUGGCAGCAGCACGAUGGCCGACCUUGACGACGAGGCGUCCUCCGUCGACUACCUGAGUCGCACGUUCCCCCGAGCCGCCGUAGGCUCCAGUGGGCUGUCGGUUUCGGCCACCAGCCAUCAUCACCGGGACUACCCAUCGUCGAGCGCCAGCGGCGGCGGUGGCUAUCCGGCCGACUACGGGCUGCCGAUCGUGCCCGGCGCCGAGCAGCUGCACAACAAGCUGGCCAGCGUCCAGCCGGCGCACCACGGCAGCAUCGGCAGCAUGCCAAUGAACGCCAAGACGCUGCGCGUGUGGCAGAAGGGCGGCGUACCGGUGCUACCGCCGGUCACGGCCUUAAAACGUGCUUUAUCCAACAGCCGCAAUUCGCCCGACGAAGGCUACCAGGAAGGCUGCGGGACGGACGUGUAGUCCAACUUCUAAGGCUUUCCCGCCAAGCGCCUUCCCGACAGCAGACAACAGCCGGCCCGGGUGGCCGGU